CACCUCUCAUGCAUUUCAUUCACAAACAAACACAUUACUCUUUCAUGUAAAACUCUCUCUUCAAACUUCACAGGCAGAGAGUGAAAGAGAGAAACAUGGCUAGCGGUCUCGUUCCCCUCAUCUUAAUGAUUGUUGUGCAGCUAGUCUAUGCCGGGAUGAAUAUCACUUCGAAGCUCGCAAUACAAUCUGGCAUGAGCCCUCUAGUCCUUGUUGCGUAUCGACAACUCUUUGCCACCGUUUCCAUUGCUCCCUUUGCAUAUUGGCUCGAAUGGAAGACACUUCCCAGGUUGAAUAAGCAGCUUAUGUUUCGGAUAUUACUAUCGUCCUUGACAGGAGUUACAGGAAAUCAGAUUCUAUACUUUGUGGGGCUAAAAUUUUCAACCGCUACAAUUGCAUGUGCACUGUCGAAUUUGCUCCCAGCUUUCACUUUUAUCCUGGCAGUUAUCUUCAGACAAGAGAAUCUAGGAAUCAAGCAGAGGUCUGGCCUAGCAAAGGUAUUCGGGACAGUAUUGUGUGUGAGUGGAGCGUUGCUUUUGUCAUUCUACCAUGGAAAAACCAUCGGUCUAGGGCAAUCUAGUAUUCACUGGAGAUAUGCAGAGAAAAUGGAAGGAACUACCGCUUCUGGCUCAGGAAACAUGUUUGUAGGCCCUUUACUCUUAAUUGCUAGCACUCUUGUUUGGGCGCUGUGGUUCGUAAUUCAAACAGACAUAAGCAAGAGGUUCCCGGCUCCUUACACAAGCACAGGCUUAAUGUGUUUCUUGGCAAGCUUUCAAUGCAUCAUCAUUGCAUUAUGUUUCGACCACAGUGUCUCAGCUUGGUCACUCCGCGAUGCCAUGAGACUUUCCGCCGCUCUUUAUGCGGGAGUAAUGGCGACCGGGUUGGCGUAUUCCCUCAUGUCGUGGGCCAUUGAGAGAAAAGGUCCACUUUAUGUCUCAGUAUUUACGCCUUUGCAGCUUGUUCUCACAGCAAUUUUAAGCUGGGCUUUGCUGCGGGAGAAACUAUAUGUUGGAACUGCCAUAGGGUCUCUGUUGAUAGUCUUGGGGCUCUACAGUGUUCUUUGGGGGAAGAGUGAAGAAGUGAGCACGGAAGACGGUGUGAAAGAAGGAGUGAAGGAUCCGAAGAAUGACACGGAAAUGCAAUAUUACGUGCCAUCCAAUGGUAAUCGUGUCAGUACUUGAAGAUGAAAAGAGUGAUGAGGCAGACUGAAAAAGAUGGCACUGGCUAAGACUCAGAAGUUUCAAUUAUUUUCUUUUAUUUUAUUUUUGUUCGCCUAGUCAUUUCAAAUCCUAUGUCUGUGUAGUAGUAAUCUUGCGUCACAUUCACCAUUCUCAAGCUUGCAAUUAGGAACCUUUUGGCUUCAAGACUAUC